CGCGGGCAGCUCACUUCCGCCUGGCAGGUGACAGCCGCGGGGCUCCCAGCGUCCGGCGGCGCGGGCGCACCGGGAGAGCGGGAGGACAAGGCCGCGGACAUUUUCCUGUCGCGUCGAGCCGCGCCGUGGCGUCAGGAGCCUUUCGGACCUGCGGAGUCUGGCCACAGAUAAGGGACCAAAAUGACGGACUCCAAGUACUUCACCACGACUAAGAAAGGGGAGAUCUUUGAGUUGAAGGCAGAGCUGAACAGUGACAAGAAGGAGAAGAAGAAGGAGGCGGUGAAGAAAGUGAUCGCGUCCAUGACCGUGGGCAAAGACGUCAGUGCCCUCUUCCCUGACGUGGUGAACUGUAUGCAGACGGACAACCUGGAGCUGAAGAAGCUGGUGUACCUGUACUUGAUGAACUAUGCCAAGAGUCAGCCCGACAUGGCCAUCAUGGCUGUCAACACCUUUGUGAAGGACUGUGAGGACCCCAACCCCCUGAUCCGGGCCCUGGCGGUACGGACCAUGGGCUGCAUCCGCGUUGACAAGAUCACAGAGUACCUGUGUGAACCCCUCCGGAAGUGCCUGAAGGACGAGGACCCCUACGUGCGCAAGACGGCGGCCGUGUGCGUGGCCAAGCUCCACGACAUCAACGCCCAGCUAGUGGAGGACCAGGGCUUCCUGGACACCCUCAAAGACCUCAUCUCUGACUCUAACCCCAUGGUGGUGGCGAACGCGGUGGCUGCCCUCUCGGAGAUCGCCGAGUCUCACCCCAGCAGCAACCUGCUCGACCUGAACCCGCAGUCCAUCAACAAGCUGCUCACAGCCCUGAACGAGUGCACCGAGUGGGGCCAGAUCUUCAUCCUGGACUGUCUGGCCAACUACACGCCCAAAGACGACCGGGAGGCCCAGAGCAUCUGUGAGCGGGUCACCCCCAGGCUGUCCCACGCCAACUCUGCCGUGGUGCUGUCGGCCGUGAAGGUGCUGAUGAAGUUCAUGGAGAUGCUGUCAAAGGACCUAGACUACUACGGCACGCUGCUCAAGAAGCUGGCGCCGCCCCUGGUCACACUGCUGUCGGCCGAGCCCGAGCUGCAGUACGUGGCCCUGCGAAACAUCAACCUCAUCGUGCAGAAAAGGCCUGAAGUCCUGAAGCACGAGAUGAAGGUGUUCUUCGUGAAGUACAACGACCCCAUCUACGUGAAGCUGGAGAAGCUGGACAUCAUGAUCCGCCUGGCCUCCCAGGCCAACAUCGCCCAGGUGUUGGCGGAGCUGAAAGAGUAUGCGACCGAGGUGGACGUGGACUUUGUACGGAAGGCUGUGCGAGCCAUUGGCCGUUGUGCCAUCAAGGUGGAGCAAUCCGCCGAGCGCUGCGUGAGCACACUGCUCGACCUCAUCCAGACCAAGGUCAACUACGUGGUUCAGGAGGCCAUCGUGGUCAUCAAGGACAUCUUCCGCAAGUACCCCAACAAGUAUGAGAGCGUGAUCGCCACGCUGUGUGAGAACCUAGACUCCCUGGAUGAGCCCGAGGCGCGAGCCGCCAUGAUCUGGAUCGUGGGCGAGUAUGCCGAGCGGAUAGACAAUGCGGACGAGCUGCUGGAGAGCUUCCUGGAGGGCUUCCACGAUGAGAGCGCCCAGGUGCAGCUGCAGCUACUGACGGCUAUCGUGAAGCUCUUUCUGAAGAAGCCGACAGAGACCCAGGAGCUGGUGCAGCAGGUCCUCAGCUUGGCCACGCAGGACUCAGACAACCCGGACCUGCGGGACCGUGGCUACAUCUACUGGCGCCUGCUCUCCACGGACCCCGUGGCUGCCAAGGAGGUGGUGCUGGCCGAGAAGCCGCUCAUCUCCGAGGAGACAGACCUCAUCGAGCCCACGCUGCUGGACGAGCUCAUCUGCUGUAUCGGCACGCUGGCCUCCGUCUACCACAAGCCGCCCAGCGCCUUUGUGGAGGGGGGCCGGGGCGUCGUGCACAAGAGCCUGCCACCCCGCACCGCCUCGAGCGAGAGCACAGAGAGCCCAGAGACAGCCCCCGCUGGAGCGCCCCCCGGAGAGCAGCUGGACACUGUCCCCACGCAGGGCGACCUGCUGGGCGACCUCCUCAACCUGGACCUCGGGCCUCCAGUCAGCGGCCCACCCCUGGCCACCUCCGCGGUGCAGAUGGGCGCCGUGGACCUGCUUGGAGGCGGCCUCGACAGCCUGAUGGGGGAUGAGCCUGAAGGGAUCGGGGCCCCCAGCUUUGUGGCACCCCCAGCAGCAGCAGUACCAGCCAACCUAGGAGCGCCCAUGGGCAGUGGCCUGAGUGACCUCUUUGAUCUGACCAGUGGCGUGGGCACCUUGUCGGGAUCCUAUGUGGCUCCCAAAGCAGUCUGGCUGCCGGCCAUGAAGGCCAAAGGGUUGGAGAUCUCGGGCACCUUCACCCGCCAGGCAGGCUCCAUCUCCAUGGACCUGCAGCUGACCAACAAGGCCCUGCAGGUCAUGACCGACUUCGCAAUCCAGUUCAACCGCAACAGCUUUGGCCUGGCCCCCGCCGCCCCACUCCAGGUCCACGCGCCGCUCAGCCCCACCCAGACCGUGGAGAUCUCCCUGCCUCUCAGCACGGCGGGCUCUGUCAUGAAGACAGAGCCGCUGAACAGCCUGCAGGUGGCCGUAAAGAACAACAUAGACGUCUUCUACUUCAGCACCUUGUACCCGCUUCACAUCCUCUUUGUGGAGGACGGGAAGAUGGACCGGCAGAUGUUCCUGGCCACGUGGAAGGACAUUCCCAAUGAGAACGAGGCCCAGUUCCAGAUCAGAGACUGCCCCCUCAACGCAGAGGCUGUGAGCAGCCGGCUGCAGAGCAGCAGCAUCUUCACUGUGGCCAGGAGGAACGUGGAGGGCCAGGACAUGCUCUACCAGUCUCUCAAGCUGACCAACGGCAUCUGGGUGCUGGCCGAGCUGCGCAUCCAGCCCGGCAACCCCAGCUUCACGGGCCUGGAGCUGUCCCUGAAGUGCCGAGCUCCGGAGGUGUCCCAGCACGUGUACCAGGCCUACGAGACCAUCCUGAAGAACUGAGGCCGUCCAGCACCCACCCCAGCUUCCUCGGAGCCCCCUGCGAGGUGGCAGCACCUCCCUCGCGAGGGGCCAGCGAGGCUCCUGGCACCCCCCAGCUUCCCAGGCCUCGGGGUGCUCCUGUGCCCAGGACUUUCCUGUUUCCAUCGUGCUGACGUUUGGGGUCAGGUGAGGAGGGCACCAGAGGAGCCAGAGUGGCAGCAGGGCUGCAUGGAGCGGCCAGGGCUCCUCUCCGGCUCUUCCUGGCACCAGAGGGCGAGCCCGCAGUGCCUCCUCAGGCUCCCAGCCCGGGGUCCCUCUGCCCCGUCUCCCUUGGCUGGUGGCGAGGCCCUGCCAACUGCCCCCUCCUGGGACAGGCCCUGGCAGGCAUCCUGGUGUGUGUGGAGAGUCCCCUCGGUGCCAGGAGAGCUGCUCUGUCAGGGCCGGGGCUCCCGGGGCCUGCCCGCCCCCCCAGGCGCUGAGCCGCUCAGGGAAGACCAGGCAGAAGCUCCCAAGCCCCUUGCGGCUCCAGCCCCCCGGCAGGUGUCCAUCCCGCCCCCUGCCUGCGAGGACAGUCACUGCCUGUGAUACAUUCCUGGUGUGCCCGGGGCUUCUGGAGUGAACGGGGCUGAGGGGUGGGGUGCCUGAGCGAGCGGGGUGCUUCCUCUCUGGGGUUCUUAGCUGCCCCCUCCUGGCCUCCCAAGGUCAGUGUGUCUCACGGAGCAUUAGGUUUUCCUGUUACUGCUGUUUAAUAAUAAAGAUUCUGCUUUUGGCAAUCAUGGACACUUCUUUCCCCUCCACCAAGUGUCAGAAUUAAAAACUGCCUCCAAGUGGUCAAGGUUGGUUUUCUUGAGCCCUGCGGUAAGGAUGCCUAGUAUAUAUAAAUAGAAAUUAUAUAUUGUAUGUUUACUCUUAUUUUCAGAAACAGAAAGUGAAUAAAAAUGAUGACAUCAA